AUGACAAGCCAGACCCCAGAAACGCUUAGCUGGUGGAGUUUGACCGGCAUGCACCUUCGCCGACACCGCAAAUUGGUCAAACGGCACUACCCACUGCCAGUAGGCGCACCACCCCAUUCCAAGGGGGUCAUAGCAGUCAAUGCGCGAGAAGGCCAACGCCAAAUAAUUGUCUAUAAGUACUGUGGAGUAGAAAUCGCCGGUGCGGCUCCAGUCAUCAUCCACCUCAGCGGCAGGGGCUUCUGCGUCAAGUCGCAUGGCAUCGACGAUGACUUUCUUCACUGUGUCGCACGUGAUAAUAGCACCUUCCUGGUCCUCGACGUUGAAUACCGCCUCGCCCCGGAGUACCCAUUCCCUGCGGCUCUCGAGGACGUCGAGGACGUAUUGGAAUUUCUCAAGGGGCAUCCCGACAAGUACGAUCUCACACAUUUGGCGAUCUGUGGGUUCGGGGCUGGGGGAAACCUGGCCUUGGCUAUGGCGAUCAGUUCCCCUCCUGACACUUUUGAAACUGCGGUUGUGUUUUAUCCAAUCACCGACAUGUGGAUCUCAGAAAAGCGCAAGAUUCAACUCAUGGAUCCGAGGAUAAGGGACAGGAUGAGAAGGGGGACGGGUGGAGUGAUGCCGCUAUGGGUGAUGGACACGACUCUCAAGUGUUAUUUGCGCGGGCAUCCUCGUAAUAUAGUGAUGGAUGUGAAGGUUUCGCCGGGUCGCCAGCAGGACAUGACUAGGUUUCCGCGCAGGUGUUUCUUUAUUACAUGCGAAGGGGAUCCGUGGGCCCUGGAAGCUAGGACGUUGGCAACUGGGUUGAUGGGAGCCAGGCGUGGAACUCCGGCUUUUACGACAGUGAGGGUGAUGGAGAUACCUGGCGUAGGUCAUGCUUGGGAUAAGUAUAGAAAGCUUGAUACGCAUGGAAUGCAACUGAAGAACAUGGCGUAUAAUGAGGCGGCGCGCUUUUCGAGGAGAGAGGUCGAUCCAUGA